AUGAGUACUGUGGGCCCCUUCAGACUAUUAACAUAUACUCGUCAGCAAGUUUUACGGUUUCAGUUAAACUAUCCUCGAUGUAAUUACGCGAAAAAAGAAACCGGAAGCGUCAGUAUGAUUGGAGGGGCUCUGAAGAAGAAAAAGUUGGGGAAGAUGGGUCCAGUGAUGGAAAAGAAGGUCAUUCCAGUUGAAACAGACCCUCAGAAACUUGUAAAAUUUGUUUGUGGCUCGAAUAUUUACACUACUGGUCAAGACAUUGAAUUAAAGCCCGAUAAUGAGUAUCCUGAAUGGUUGUGGAAUAUACGAACAGGGCCCCCGCCGCCACUGGAAGAACUAGACCCAAAUACUAAGGAAUAUUGGAGAAGGAUAAAGAAAAUGGCAAUGAGACGAAAUAAUAAAUUAGCACAACUUAAGAAGUUUUAA